CACUGCGUGUCGAGUCCUGCUCUGCUCCGUCCUGCUCCACUCGCGUCUCCUCUCCGUGCGCACUGAUCGGCUGCUGCGCCCUGCGCUCCGAACCGGACCGGACCGCACCGAACCGAACCGCUUUACACUGGACUUUACGUGUUUGAGGCUGCCUCCCGUCGCCCUCUGCUGCGCCGCCGAACAUGUGACUUCAGCCUCCGGAACCGCUGAGCUGCCACCAUCGCUGCCAAACGGGACUGAGGACGGUAUGACUCGCCGCCUGCGGCUCUAGAGAAGGAACCGACAAAGCUCCACCCGGCAGAGAAUGUCCGCGGAGUCGGCGCCGGACGCAGGAAGCCUGAUGAGGAUGUUCAGCGAGUACCACAACAACAGCGUCAUCUGGGAGCACUACAACUACACGGGCAAGCUGCGCGGGGACCGGUACAAGGAGGGCGUGAAGCCCGAGGCCGUGGCCUUCCUGCUGGUCUGCCUGCUCAUCGUGCUGGAGAACGCCGUGGUGCUGGCCGCCAUCUGGAGGAACAAGAAGUUCCACGUGCCCAUGUACUACCUGCUGGGAAACCUGACGCUGUCCGACAUGCUGGCCGGCUUCACCUACAUGCUCAACAUCGUGACGUCGGGAGCGCCCACGCUGAAGAUGACGCCGGUGCUGUGGUUCCUGAGGGAGGGCGGCGUGUUCAUCAUGCUGGCGGCGUCCGUCAUCAGCCUGCUGGCCAUCGCCAUCGAGCGCCACGUGACCAUGGUGCGCAUGAAGCCGUACCAGGGCCACAAGCAGGGCCGCAUGUUCGCGCUGAUCGGCGCCAGCUGGGUGGUGUCCGUGCUCAUGGGCGUCCUGCCCGUGCUGGGCUGGAACUGCAUCGGGCGCCUGGACCAGUGCUCCACCGUCAUGCCGCUCUUCGCCAAGAGCUACAUCCUCUUCUGCAUCACCAUCUUCAGCGUCAUCCUCAUGUCCAUCGUGGUUCUGUACGUGCGCAUCUUCCGCAUCGUCAAGGCCAACACGCAGCGCCUCGCCUCGGUGCCGCAGCGCAAGGGCCUGUACCGCAAGUCCCAGAAGUACCUGGACCUGCUGAGGACGGUCACCAUCGUCCUGGGGGUCUUCAUCGCGUGCUGGCUGCCCCUCUUCGUCCUCCUGCUGCUCGACUUCUGCUGCAAGGCCAAGCACUGCCAGGUGCUCUACAAGACCGACUACUUCCUGGGCUUCGCCAUGUUCAACUCGCUGCUCAACCCCAUCAUCUACACGCUGACCAGCAAGGACAUGAGGAAGACCAUCAUCCGGCUGCUCUGCCGGCGCUGCCUCGUCACCGAGGACGGCCACGUCAAGAAGCUGGGCAUGCCCUUCCUGGACUGCAGCACCAGUAAGACCAGCAGGACGGACGCCGCCUCCCACAGGCUGGAGGGACUGGAGACGACCGUGUCCUCUGGGAACUUCACACCUUCCACCAUCAAAGCCAUUUACCCGCGGAUCUACAAGAUAUGAGGCAGCGAGCGCCAGGACCUGCAGCGGCGCCCUGCGGGGCUUCGGUCUAGUCCCACAGGAGCUGGGAUCAGAGCCAUCCGCACCUCCGUGGUUUGAAGGAGCAUUAGAACGGUUUUGGACUAAUCCAGUAUUUAUCAGAGGACUUUCCUUACGCUGAACCAUUAUCUCAGAGCGACCCACAUCUGGCCUGCUGUGGGCCGGUCUGACAGCAGGGGUGAUUAAUCCUCGUCUCUGCGCCCGCGUAGCAGCUAAUGACACGUUGUUUCACACACGGUGCCUCCACGCCCAGAACCUGCUGCCAGCACCGUGUAAUUUGGACCAUGUGAGUGUUGUGCUGGUUAGAGGCCGACAUCAGAGGCUCGCGGCCCGGAGACGCUGAAGACGUCACGCAGGCGGUUUGCAGCGCCGGAGGUCCUUCGACACAUGUAGCAGCGCAAGAUGAACGACUGACAGCAAUAAAAGCCGACAGCCGAGGUUUGGCGACGCCGCCCCGUUUCAAUGGACUAGACGCUGCCAGACCAGCGUUUGGGAUAAGCCUCGUCAAAAAAACAUGAAAUGAUGGUGAUCUGUUUUUCCCGUGAUAGAACUCAGAAAGCUCAUCAGUCAGAAGCAGACAACAGCGUGUGGGCUUCAAAGAGCCACAUGAGGGAAUGUGAAUCUAUGUACAGUGUAAAUAUCUGGAGCCUUUUCUGAAAAUCUCAUUAAGUUAUGAAUCAAUUCUACAUAUGCACUGAAUAAACGUAUGCCAAUAAGGUU